GAAAAGGCGGGCGGUGAAAACGGAUUUUGACAGUUCUGUUUCGGCUUUUUUUUUCUCGGUUCUGCUGUGUCUGUUGCACAUUCACAUUCGUUCCACUCGCCAUUCAAUCCAAAAGUCCCGUCAAAUAAGCUCGCUCAGAAACGAUCCGCGUCGGCGUGAGUGUGCGUGUGUGUGUGUUUGGUGAUCCGGACCCUGAGAAUCUGAUAGGACCACCAACCAACCGAGAUCGAAGAUGGCUCUGAAUCCGCAGUACGAAGAGAUUGGCAAAGGAUUUGUCACCCAGUACUACGCCAUGUUCGACGAUCCGAUGCAGCGGCCAAACCUGGUCAACCUGUACAACGCGGAACUCUCCUUCAUGUCGUUCGAGGGCCAGCAAAUCCAGGGAGCGGCCAAGAUUCUGGAAAAACUGCAAAGCCUAACCUUCCAAAAGAUCAACCGAGCCCUGACGGCGGUCGACUCGCAGCCCAUGUUCGACGGUGGCGUCCUCAUCAACGUCCUCGGCAGACUACAGACCGACGAAGACCAGCCCCACGCGUACACGCAAACGUUCGUGCUGAAACCGAUCGGAACGAGCUUCUUCGUGCAGCACGACGUCUUCAGAUUAGCGCUGCACGACAUGUGCGACGACGAUCCACCGCACGCGUACGCCCAGGUGUUUGUGCUGAAACCGCUCGGGACGUCCUUCUUCUGCGCCCACGACAUUUUCCGCCUGUGCAUCCACAACUCGGCGUAAUCGACGGAAACAUUAAACAUAACCAGGAAUGUGAAAACGAAAUGUUGGGUAAAUGAUAAUAAAAAAAUCACGUUAAUUUAAGAUAAAUUAAUCGCAA